GCUUCCCUCCAUUGCCCUAAAAAAGGAAGCUGCUUCAUCGUAUCCUUAACCCAAUAUCUACAGCUUCCUUUAAUCAAUCAAAUUUCUUUUCCGUCAACAAUCGGAAUCUGGGUUUGACAGAAGAUGCAAACUUUGCAAGUGGGUUUAAUCGUCCAAAGAUAACGAGAAUCGUGAGUUUAUAUAUAUUUUUAAAAAAUCAUGCGAAUUUUGUGCGAUGCCUGUGAGAACGCCGCCGCAAUCGUCUUCUGCGCCGCCGACGAAGCUGCCCUCUGUUGCUCAUGCGACGAAAAAGUUCAUAUGUGCAACAAGCUGGCUAGUCGACAUGUACGUGUAGGCUUGGCUGAUCCAAGCAAUGCCCCAAGCUGUGACAUUUGCGAAAAUGCACCAGCCUUCUUUUACUGUGAGACAGACGGUAGUUCCCUUUGUCUACAAUGUGACAUGGUUGUACAUGUUGGCGGCAAGAGAACGCACAAGCGGUUUCUAUUGCUGAGACAGAGGAUUGAGUUUCCAGGCGAUAAGCCUAAUCACGCCGAUGAACUGGGAUUACGGUGCAAGGAGGCAAACCGUCAAAAGGUUUCAUCCGGUCGCGGUCAAGAAUUAAAUGGGAAUGGUGAUCACAAUAUGAUCGAUCUUAACUCCAACCCUCAAAGAGUACACGAGCCUGGAUCAAACCACCAAGAGCAGGGUUUCGAUGUAAAUAGUGUAAACAAUCAUGAUCCUGCUGGUGUGGUACCCGUUGGACGGUUAAAAGAGAGUCAGAAAGGUGAUCACAGAUACACAAGAUCAAGUAGGAACCUUGUAAGCACGCAAGAACAAGGAAAUAUCUUGUGCGUUCUCUUUUAGUUUUGAAGAAUUUAGCUUAAAGGGCUCAGAGGAAACGUUAAGAUAAGUUAAGAUCUGAAACAAAAUGUCUUUUUCUUUAUCUCUUCUCUUUUUUCUUUCUUUUGUGAAUUGAUCAUUUAGAUAUAAAAAAACCUUGGAAGAGAUUGUGUAUAAACGAUUCUUCAUAAGUUAUAUCUUAAUUCUUGAUAGAACUAUGCCUAAUAGAUCUCUCUGCC